ACGACCACAUCAUCACUCGCUCGUCUCCGCAGCCAUCGACCUCACUCACUAGCUAGCGCUAGCUUCCAGCAGCAGCAGCCUUGUCGUGCAACAGCAGCACCAGGACCAGGCUACCACCAGUUAGCUGCUGCCUGCUGGGGACCUGGGGUACGGUUGUUGUUGUUCCGUGACUCUCGUCGCACAACACAAUGCCGGCCAUGGUAGAGGAGGGGCUCGUCAGGCGGGCGGCGCCCGAGCCGCACUUCCUGGUGGUGACCUUCCCGGCGCAGGGCCACAUCAACCCGGCGCGCCACCUCGCGCGCCGCCUGCUACGCGCCACGGGGGCGCGGGUCACCGUCUGCACGGCCGUGUCCGCGCUCCGCAAGAUGUUCCCGGGCGCCGAGGCAGACGCGGAGGAGGGCCACCGCGACGGCGCGGGGGUGCGGUACGUGCCCUACUCCGACGGCUACGACGACGGCUUCGACGGCGCCGUGCACGACGCCACGCGCUACAUGGACCAGGUCAAGGUCGUGGGGUCCCGCACGCUGGGGGACGUCCUGGCCCGCCUCCGCGGCGCGGGCAGGCCCGCCACGCUCGUCGUGUACACGCUGCUGCUGUCGUGGGUGGCCGACGUGGCGCGCGCCCACGCCGUGCCCGCCGCGCUCUACUGGAUCCAGCCGGCCACCGUGCUCGCCGUCUACCUGCACUUCUUCCGCGCCACGGGCGGCGUCGACGCGGCCGUCGCCGCGGCGGGCGGCGACCCGUGGGCGGGCGUCCGGUUCCCGGGCCUCCCGCCGCUCCGCGUCCGCGACCUGCCGUCGUUCAUCGUCUCCACCUCCGAGGACGACCCCUACGCGUUCGUCGCCGACGCGUUCCGCGAGCUCGUCGGGCGGCUGGACGGCGGCGAGGACAGCCCCAGCGUGCUGGCCAACACGUUCGACGCCGUGGAGCCCGAGGCGGUGGCGUCGCUGCGGGAGCACGGCGUGGACGUGGUCCCCGUCGGCCCCGUCCUCUCCUUCCUGGACGACGACGCGGCGGCCGGCGGCAACAACGACCUGUUCACGCAGGACGGCAAGGGCUACCUCGAGUGGCUGGACGCACAGGCGCCGGGCUCCGUGGUGUACAUCUCGUUCGGGAGCCUGUCGGUGAUGCGCAGGCGGCAGAUCGAGGAGGUGGCGCGGGGGAUGUCCGAGAGCGGCCGCCCGUUCCUGUGGGUGCUGCGGGAGGACAACCGCAGAAGCGAGGGCGCCGACGCCGACGCCGCGACGCUGGCCGGCGGCGGGCGCGGCAUGGUGGUGGGGUGGUGCGACCAGGUGCGGGUGUUGUCGCACCCGGCCGUGGGCUGCUUCGUCACGCACUGCGGCUGGAACUCCACGCUGGAGAGCACGGCGUGCGGCGUCCCCGUCGUGUGCGUGCCGCAGUGGACGGACCAGGGCACCAACGCGUGGCUGGUGGAGAGGAUCGGGACCGGCGUCAGGGCCGCCGUCAGCGACAAGGACGGGGUGCUGGAGGCCGGCGAGCUGCGGAGGUGUAUCGACCUCGCUACCUCCGACAUGGUGCGCGCCAAGGCCGCCGUGUGGAGGGAGAAGGCGCGCGCCGCCGCGUCGAAGGGCGGCUCGUCGGAGAGGAACCUCAAGGCGUUCGUCGCCAAGCAGAUCGCCGGCGGGAAUAACUAGGCCGUCAGCUCUCGUGCGGUCGACAUAGGUUAUGGGACUCGAUCUACAACUGUACUUAAUUAAUUGUUGCUCUAAGCGCAUGUGCAAGUGCAAACAUGUGUGUCAACGUGAUAAUAUUGAUAUUCUCUG